GCUGACACUGAAACACCUGCGGCGGAUUCCAUCAAAGAUGAGGAACAAGUUGCCGAAGAGACGACCACGGAUUCUCCCGAAAAGAAACCCAAAGCUUCUCAUGGUAGACAGCCUUCUCAGUCGAUACAGUCCAAAAUGCGAUCCGAGGCCUUUCGGGGAGGGCACGGGCCGACAUCUCCCACGGCAUUGAAGUCUCCAACCCAAGUCACAAGUCCGGCAGAUGAUGUCCAAGAUAUAUAUCGGAAGCAAGUCCAGCGAAUUGAGCAGCUCGAGCAAGAGAACAAGAAAUUGGUGGCGGAGGCGCGAGAGAACAGCGACAAGGUGAAGAAGGUGCAGGAUGAACUCGAAGAGUUGAGGGAGGCUCAUGCAGAUGGGGCGGAAAUUAAGUCCAAGGCAGAUCAGGCGGAGCAGUUUUCCAAACAAAUUGAAGAGCUGAAAGCUGAGGUCGCCUCGUUGCAACGUCAGAACACCCAGUUGCAGUCUGCCGCAAAGCGUCGCGUCAGUAGCAACAGCCCGUCCAAUGCCGAUAGCUCCGAUUUACAAGCACAGUUGGAUUCCAAAUCAUCCACAAUUGAGUCGCUCGAGCUGGAGAUUUCUUCUCUCAACAACCAGCUGACCUCCUCUCAAAAUACGAUCACGUCCCAAGCCAUGCAGAUCACUGCGCUCGAGUCUUCGGUCCAGAAAGCAGAAUCCAACGCUUCGAGCACCUCCCUGGAACUGGCUGACCUUAAACAAAACCUCGCUCGUGCCUCGGAUCGGGCCCUGAAGGAAGGAACUUCCAAGAGUUCGCUUGAAACUCGCAUUGCCCAACUUGAAACGGAGAAAGAUGCCUCGACUCGUCGGGCGGAAGAAGCAGGCAAACGGGCCGAGACGCUCGAGAAGAAAGUGGAAACGUUGACAACGUUGCAUCGAGAAGCCGACGCGCGGACCCAAUCUCGCAUGCGGGAGACCGCAGCCACCGAACGGGAAGCACGCGACCUCCGAACCCAAGUGGCGCGGUUGACCGAUCAAGUCGUUCGACUCAAAAAGGCCGGUGCGCUUGAAGGCCACGACGAUGGGGACGACGUAGCUGAACUUGAGGAUGAAGAGCGACGCAAACUGGAAACGCAGAUCCGCGAACUGGAAGCGGAGAACUUCGAUCUGCGUCGCGGGGUGUGGCGAGACCGGCGGAAAGAGCUGCAACCCGGCAUGGAACACGCGGUGUUCGACGAUGUCGACCUGUCCCCCGACGGCAUGCCACCCGGGCGCCGAAGUUCCUUGAUGCCUCGUGGGAGAGGCGGAAGCCGCGCCGGCAGCACCUUCACCGAUGUCAUCAACUCCGGCAUUUCCGCCUUUACCGGGCAGUCGGUGCGACGACUAUCCAGUGCCGGCGCGUCGCAGCAACCGCGGAAACAGAGUCUCGGACUGCUGAGCGACGAUGGCGAUUUUGAGUUCGAUGAGGACGCGUUUAGGCAGGCGCAGGAAGAGGAGGCGAAGAAACGCCUAGAGCGGAUUAAGGAGAUUAAGAGAGGGUUGAAGCGGUGGGAGGGAUGGAGGGUGGAUUUGGUUGAGAUCCGGGUCGCCCAAGGGGGGGUGUUUGAUGUCUAG